GAAGUGAGUUUCAGCUCAGUUAUUGUGACUCACACAGUUUAAUUAACUGUGUUCUGUAGUUUAUCAUCAGCAUCACAUUGAGUUUAAGGUUUUAAGUCUAUGUUCACUGGAUGAUGAAUUUCUUCUUGUGUAAGUAAACUGAGUAUUGUUCAUCUGUGAUUGAUGUAUUGUUUUCAUACACUGACCAACAAUCAUGAAUGUGAAGUUUUAACUAAUUAACCCUCUGUAAAUCUCUAACAAAAUGUGAAAUAAUCAUUAUUAGUUCAUCCUGUAAACAGUGUUAUGAACCAAAGGAGGAUCAUGAUGAACUCUACACAGGUUUCUUAUUUCACACUUACUGCCUACUUUGACACUGGAUCCUUAAAAUACUUAUUUUUCAUUGUUGUUAUGUCUUUAUAUAUUUCAAUUAUUUGUUCAAAUGUGUUGUUGAUAAUGAUUAUCUGUAUGAACAGAAGUUUACAUGAACCUAUGUACCUGUUUCUGUGCAGUAUGUUUGUAAAUCAACUGUAUGGUAGUACAGCAAUGUUUCCAUUCCUUCUGCUUCAGAUCCUCUCUGACAUUCACACUGUUUCUGUUCCCUUUUGUUUCCUGCAGAUUUUCUGUUUGUACUCAAGCGCAAUUGUGGAAUUGGUUAACUUAGCCGUUAUGUCUUAUGACAGAUAUCUUUCUAUCUGUUAUCCUCUACAAUAUAACACACGUAUGACAUUUAAAAAGGUUGCCAUACUUAUUGCUGUAACAUGGUUUCAUGCUUUUCUUGUAGUUAUUGGCACAACAUACUUGAGUUCCUCUUUACAGCUGUGUGGAAACAUCAUUGAUUAUGUGUACUGUGUGAACUACUCUGUUGUCAAACUGGCCUGCUCUGACACAACAGUAAAUAACAUUUAUGGACUAUUUGCCACUUCCUUCUCAGUCUUUGUUCCUCUAAUUUUAAUUCUUUACACUUACAUAAAGAUUCUAAAAGUUUGUUUUUCUGCUUCUAAACAAACCAGACAAAAAGCUGUCAGUACCUGCACACCUCACCUGGCUUCCCUCAUUAACUUUUCUUUUGGUUGUUUAUUUGAUACACUUCACACUAGAUUUGACAUGAGCAGCAUACCCAGUGUGCUGCGUAUCUUUCUGUCUAUGUAUUUGGUGAUAAUCCAACCACUUUUGAAUCCUAUCAUGUAUGGAUUACAAAUGUCCAAAAUACGGAAUACAUGUAAAAAACUCCUCUGUUAUACAAAGUUGACUACACACACAUCUUCCAUGUAAAGGUUCAGUACAUCUUUUGUAGUAUUUUGCCUAGGAAUGUUUGGUGACUUAAAAAGAUACCAUGGUGUGGGAAAAGCUCUGUGUUUUUUAUUGUCACUAAAUGAUGUAAAAAUAAAUAUUUAAGAGGGUAAUUUUACAACUUAAUUGUCCUGUCAAGCGCAAUUGUGGAACUGUUAAACUUAGCCGUCAUGUCUUAUGACAGACACCUUGCUAUGUCCUAUCCUUUACAAUAUAACAAACAUACAACAAUUCACACGGCUGCCAUGUUUAUUGCUGUAACAUGGUUGACUGCUUUUCUUGUAGUUGUUAGCACAACACCCUUGACUUCCACUUUACAGCUGUGUGGAAACAUUAUUGAUAAUGUGUGCUGUGUGAGCUUCUCUAUUGUCAAACUGGCCUGCUCUGACACAACAGUAAAUAACAUUUACAGACUCAUUGCCACUGCUCUCUUAGUUGUUGUUCCUCUCAUUUUAAUCAUUUACACUUACAUUAAGAUUUUUAAUGUUUGUUUUUCUGGUUCUAAACAAACCAGACAAACAAACCUCACCUUGCUUCUCUGCUCAACUUUUCUUUUGGGAUUUGCUUUGAGGUAUUACAGAGAAGCUUUAAUAUGAACAGUGUUCCUAAUAUAUUGUGAAUCAUGUUAACAUUAUAUAUUGUAACAUAACACUCGUUCUGUAAUCCUACACUGUAUGGACCGAAAAGGUCUAAAAUACGUAACAUAUGUAAACGUCUGUCUUGUUUUGAAGUGUAGAU